CGACCGAGGUGGUUUUGGUGGAUGGAAUCUAAUGCUGACCGUAGAAAGAAGUAUUGGAUCAGUUGUGCCAAAAAUGAGCUCUGAAAGUGCAGAGAAAGUCAAAGAAGGUGUCAAGGCUUACUAUGGUAAAAAACUUAAGACUUCGGAUGAUCUUCAGACGAACGCGUGCAAGCUUGGUGAUAAACAGAUGACUCCCGCCGUGAAGAGCGCAUUGAAGCUUAUCCAUGAUGAAGUAGCUAGCAAGUUUUAUGGGUGUGGUUUAGUGGCUCCAGAAGCCCUUGAUGGCAUGAAGAUCCUGGAUCUUGGAAGUGGAUCCGGUCAAGAUUGUUUUGUACUCAGUAAACUGGUUGGUGAACAUGGCCAUGUUACUGGAGUAGACAUGACCAAAGAACAGGUGGAUGUUGCUAACAAGUAUGUAGAAUAUCAUGCUGAACAGUUUGGAUAUUCAAAACCAAACACUGAUUUUAAACUUGGAGAGAUGGAACAUCUAUCUGAUGUAGGAAUACAGGACAGCUCUCUGGACAUUAUAAUUUCAAACUGCGUUGUAAACUUAACUGCAGACAAGAGUGUUGUUCUCAAAGAAGCUUACAGAGUUCUCAAGGAUGGAGGUGAGAUGUACUUCAGUGAUGUUUACACAGACACGAAACUAUCUGAGGAAGCCAGAAAAGACGAAGUGCUUUGGGGUGAAUGUGUUUCAGGGGCGUUACACUGGAAAGAGCUAGUCGAACUGAGCAAAGAAGUGGGAUUCUCUGGACCACAUUUAGUGACUGCCAGACCGUUUGUAGUUGGAGAACACCUCAGAGAACCACUAGGUGAUGCACAGUUUGUCUCAGCCACUUAUCGUUUGUUCAAAGUCCCUGAAAGCUGUAAGACAGAUGCAUCUAGAGUGACAUACAAAGGCUCUAUCGAGGAAAACCCAGAAGAGUUCAAGUUUAAUGUUUACAAUAUAUUGACGAAAACACCAAAGCUUGUUUCCUCUGAUGUGGCAAGUGUCCUCAGUGCGUCGCGUUUCUCGAAGCAUUUCGAAUUCCAACCGCUAGAGCCUGGAACCACAGUUCCCGUUGAUGACGUGUACAUACAGGCGGAUCCGUUUGCUUAUUGUGCGUCAAACAAAGUGGCGCCAGGAGCAUGUUGUCCCAAGCCGGCCAAACCUGUUGAGCAGGAAAACGGCUGUAGCCCGAAACGUGCGAAAACGGAUAAUGGGGCUCGCUGCUGUUAAACUUCGUUUUCAGUAUCCACGGAAGACUUGAGGCAGGAUUCUAAUGAUCUUGUAGUCGAUAAAGAAAUGAAUUUCAAUUAUGCUCUCUCUCUUUGCAGUAACCGCGAUUACCAAGGUCUACAACGCUUAAUAAACGAAACCAUGAAAGUUA